AUGGCAAGAAAACCAAGCAUGGGUAAACAAAAGAUCGAAAUCAAAAGAAUUGGGAAUGAAAACACAAGACAGGUUACCUUCUCAAAACGUAAAGGAGGUAUCUUCAAGAAGGCUCAUGAACUUGGUACCCUUUGCGGUGCUCAUGUAGCUGUAAUUGUAAAUUCACCUGCUGGGCAACCUUAUUCAUACAUCAACAGUGAAACUGUUAUCGAUCGUUACCUCUCGGGAGAUACUCGGAUUCCAAAUCCACCUGUCAUGCCUCAUCGUGAAGCCAGAAUUCUUGAACUAAACAAAGAAUAUAGCGAGGCACUUGACAGGUUGGAAGCCGAGAAAAAAAGAGGGGCGACUUUGAGAAAGAUGGCCGAAGAAAAUAAGAGUAAAUAUUGGUGGGAUCCUAUUGAUGAUUUAGGGGUAAAAGAGUUGGAAAUUUUAUGCGGUGCUAUUGAUGCGCUCAAACUUAAGGUUGCUAAACGAGCAGAUGAAUUGCAGCUCAAUUUAACCUCAUUCUUACCAGGGAAUAAUUAUCGAAUGGGCAGCACAUCUAGCUCUACAAUUAUUCAAAACUAUCAGAUCCCCAAUCCCUCUCUCCCUUAUCAUGGAUAUGCCGCUGGCUUUGGUCUAAAUGGAACUGGAAGCAAUGGGCUUUAA